UUUUUCCUCCCGUCGUCGCGUUCUCCAGCCUAACGGUGCAGCUGUCACUUGCAAGGUCCCAUUUUUGGUAUGUAUAUUCUGUCAUAUGUUCUUUAUAAGCUUUGAAUUUCCCUAUGAUUCAAUUUCCCUCUAGCUUCAUUAACUGCUAUUCCUUUACACAUAUCCAAUUUUAAAAACAACAUUCCUUCUACUAUCUCACGCCAACUGCUCUUAUCACAAAUGCACAACAUCUUUUUGUGGCGGCCGAUAUCCUUGAGGAGGAAUCUGACUCGGAGAAAGAUGUGGGGAACUCAGAGGACUCCAGCGAAGAAAUGGCAGUUUUAUUGCGAGCUCUUGGUGCAAGAUGGUUGGAGAUGGCAUAUAGGCUCCGUGGCGACAGUAGGAGGGGUCCAUAUCCCCAGUCUCCGAAGUCGAAAGACAUUUUUGAGUGCUUGCUACAACUUCCUGUCCAUCAGUUUCGCUCUGUUUUCCGGUAUAGUACCAACAAUACUUUUUUCUAUACCUCAAUUGGAUUGUUUAUUUUUUAAUUGUUCCAACAGAGUCAGCCGUGAUAUGUUUGACAUUCUUGUCAAGCUUCUCACUCCCAACCCAUUGUUUCAGACGAAGGGCCGAAAACCUCAACGCCACAAAAAGUACCAGCUAGGCACAUUCCUGAUACGUUACGGUCAACUGGCUUCACCAAUACAAGAUACAGCACUGAAGGUUGGCGUUGGGGCAGGCACUGUUGUUUUGUAUUGCAGGCGUGUAACGCGAGCAAUUAGAGAGUUACGUUCGAAAUUCGGUGGCUGGUCGAGCGAGGAGCAAAGGAUCACCAUGGAAAGAAUUGAGGAAAAGACCGGUUUUGCAGGAUGUGUCGGCAGUGGCGAUGGGUCCCUUAUUCCAUCAGACCAAAUGCCAGCUCUUGUCGGUACAAGCUGUCGAGUGGAAAGGGUUUCUAUGGGUAUGCGGUCCAAGCUAUUGUUAAUCAUGACAUUUGGUUUACUUCUUGGGAGCUUGGGUGGCCAGCAAGUGUUCCUGACAUUCGGAUAUUCAAAAAUUCGCACUUUUGGCUUCAUCGGAAUGAGUAUCUGAGGGAUGGACGGUAUAUCUUGGUUGAUAAAGGUUAUCCGUCCAGUUCAUACACACUAGGGCCGUUCAGUGAUCCAGAACUUGCGGAAGCUGAAUCUAAUGCAGAGAAAAAACGUAUGAAAGAAUUCAACUUCACGCUAUGGGAGCACGCCUUUGGAUUUCUGAAAGGUCGAUUUCUGUCGCUGAAGCGUAUGGGUGUACAUCGAAAAUGAGAAAGACAUUUGGAGGGUAAUUGAGGCAUUGAUUAUCCUACACAACAUGUGUCUUUUCUAUGGUGAUCGGUCGGAGUAUUUCAAGGAUCCUGAUGUGCAGCUGUCAGAGAAGGAUAGUGGUGACCAGGGUGAGGAGAUUGAACUACCCGAUGAUGUAGAGGAGGCCAGUGUUGACAAUUCAGACUAAACAACACAGAAGGACAGAUAGUUGAGAAAAAAAUGGAUAUGAGCUUCGUAGAAAGAUACUGAAUGAACGUUUUCCAAUUCAAAACCAUAUGUAGAUACUACGAUCAUACAACCACGUACAUUUACGCCUCGCCCUCC